CCUUAACCCGUCCCCGUCCCCGUCCCCGUCCCACUCCCCGUCCCCGUCCCACUCCCCUCGUAAACAAACAACCCCAGACCAACCGGUAAGGAGUCUCCUCGGUCUCGCCGCCGCCCUCCGUCCCCCCUCAGCGCGGCAGGGACACGCAGCCCAAAACCUGUGUGUAACGGUCAGCGGCCAGAUUAGCAAGCAAGACAUUCACGGCAUCGUUGGGGCCGACCACCAACAGCACAUCACAGCACAUCACAGUACAUGACAGCCUGUCGUCGUCAGCUGUGUCGUCGUCUGUGUGGGCUGGGCUUGAGGGAUGGGACAGAGGUAAGUUAACUUGGUGGAUGGAGGCACGGAAUGGUCACAGGUACAGGAGGGUUGGUGAAGAUAUCACAGGGGGGGAGAGAUGUCUGAGAUAUUGGAGGUGUCUGAGAUAUGGAAAUGUCUGAGAUAUUGGAAAUGUCUGGGAUAUUGGAAAUGUCUGGGAUAUUGGAGAUGUUCGAGAUGAGACAUGCAGCAGAGACAUGGCCAUCACAGUCUACUCGACUCCCACCACCACCACAAAUCCACACACCAAAAUCCUCCACCACCUCCACCUCCACCACCUCCACCACCCAUUUCUACCUUCUUCCUAGCUCCGAUCCACGCCGGCAAUUGCUCCAUUGGCCUACCUACCAUUACUCGUACAUUACACAUUACACAUUACCCGCCACAGCCACAGCCACAGCCUCACCCAUAACCACAUCACUCUCCACUCUCCACUCUCCACUCUCCACUUCACUCUCCACUCUCCACUCUCCACUCAAUCCCACCACCUCCAACUCCAACUCCCCCCCAGCUUGCAUCGCAUCGCCGAGGAGCGCUUGCCAAAACCCCGCUCUCCCCCCACCCUCCCCUUCCCAACCGCCGACGCCGACGCCGACGCCGAUACCGAGCAACACAGGAAGACCUCACAAGACAACCAACAACCCCCUCGGCCUCGCCAAUGCGAUGCCCGCAUGCACGUCUGACUUCGCCACCACAUCCCCGACCACUCCCCACGCGCACGCGCAGCUCGGCACGCCCCGCGCCUGCACGCGGGUAGCUGCAUUCCAGCCACCCAGGCAGACGCAAGCAACGCACAGCGGCGGCACGACACCACGACACCACGACACCACGACACCACGACACCACGACACCACGACACCACGACACCACGACACCACGACAGCGACGACGGACGACGCGCGUGACGGAUCCAGCGACGGCACAGGGGCAAGGAAUCUGAGAGGCUGA